AAUUUUCUGUAUAAAUAACUUCAAGAACAUCCAAGAAAUUCCAUCACUACUCAAAAGCAGCUAAGCUAGCUAGCAAUGGCUUCCAAUAUGUGGAUUCAAAUCUCAUCAAUUUGCUUCUUCAUUUGGUUGGUUAUUGCCAAUGCACAAUUAGCACCGGCAGCUGCACCGUCUACGCCCACCACCACCACCACCCCGCCGCCGACCACCGCCCCGCCGGUUACAACACCCGCGCCUAAAGUUGCACCACAGCUGCCGCCGAAGCCGCCGGUGGCAGCGCCUGCAAAGCCGCCGGCAUUGCCACCUCCGACGCAGCCGCCACCGGCGCCGGCAUUGCCUCCGGCUGUUCCCCCACCGAAGGUGGCGCCUGCCCCCGCGAAAAACCCUCCAGCGCCGGCCCCUGCAACUAAGCCACCGGCGCCGGCACCUGUGCCGCCGCCACCCAUGCCGUCGCCGGUUCCGGCACCACCACCGGCUACUCCGCCGCCAGUCCCGACACCAAUAUCAGUGCCCACGCCAGCCCCAGCUCCCGGCAAGCACCACCGAAAGAAGUGGAGACACAAGCACAAGCACCACCACGCUCCGGCACCGGCGCCCACCGUGAAAAGCCCGCCGGCACCACCAACAGUACAAGAAUCCGUGGACGUCACUCCUGCCCCCUCGCCAUCUCUAAAUUUGAAUGGAGGAGUCUCAUUUGUGCUGCAAGGAGGAAGAUCAAGAAUGUGGACUAGUGCUGGCUUGGCAUUGACCAUUUUCUUGGCCAUUAUAGCCUAGAGUCCUCAUAGACUCUCCCAACAACAAUAUUUUUUUGCAGGGCUCAAUUGGAUUAAUUAUAUGCUUGCAGAAAAAGAAAGAGUUUGAUUCAUUCUAUUGUAUUCACAUUCCUUUUUGUCAGUCACAUGCAUCAUGUAUUGACCACAUUCUUCUUCCUAUAUAAAUGGACACUUUAAUUUCCUUUUAAUA